UCACGUGUUGCCUGAAUGCCUGUAGAUGUUUGUGUGUUGCUGUGUGUCUUUGUCUGCGUGUCGGCGUGUGUUUGCGUGUUGUUGUCGGUGUUUCCCGGUCUGCUCGCUCCGGUGUCUGACAGCCCCUGUCCUGUUCUUGCACAGCAUAAGCUGAAGUCUUCGCAGAGGGACAAGGUACGGCAGUUCAUGUCCUUCACACAGGCUGGGGAGAAGACAGCCGUGUACUGCCUCACACAGAAUGACUGGAAACUAGAAGUGGCCACGGACAACUACUUUCAGAAUCCAGAGCUUUACUGUAAGGAAUCCAUGAAAACCUCAGUAGACCGGAAAAAGCUGGAACAGCUCUACAACCGCUACAAAGAUCCUCAAGAUGAGAACAAAAUAGGAAUUGAUGGAAUCCAGCAGUUCUGUGACGACCUCACGCUGGACCCGGCCAGCAUCACCGUGCUCGUCGUCGCCUGGAAGUUUCGCGCUGCCACUCAGUGCGAGUUCACCAAGAAGGAGUUCCUGGACGGGAUGACGGAGCUGGGGUGUGACAGCCCAGAGAAACUGAAGGCCCUUUUGCCAAGAUUAGAGCAGGAGCUAAAAGAUAGUGGGAAGUUCAAGGACUUCUACCAGUUCACCUUCAACUUUGCCAAAAAUCCUGGACAGAAAGGUCUCGAUCUGGAGAUGGCUGUAGCCUACUGGAACCUGGUCCUGUCAGGACGAUUUAAGUUUCUCGAUCUCUGGAAUAGAUUCCUCUUGGAACACCAUAAACGAUCCAUCCCAAAGGACACAUGGAACUUAUUGUUGGACUUUGGGAACAUGAUUGCAGACGACAUGUCAAACUACGAUGAGGAAGGAGCGUGGCCGGUCCUUAUAGAUGAUUUUGUGGAAUUUGCUCGACCAAUUGUAACGGGAUCAAAACGUAAAACUCUCUAAAUCCGGUCCCGGCUCUGGAAAACCAGAACUUUGUUUCUUUUACAGUGACUUCAUAGUUUUUUUUAAGACUUGUAAAAAAAAAAAAAGUGAAAAUUGUAGACUUCAGAGAAACAACAGAAGCACUUGAAACUGUCAGGAACCACCUUUCAGGGAGCUGAGUAGAAACUAUGAGAACUACUGGCCAUAUUUUGUGUAUAUGGACUUUGCCAGAUUCUCAGUUGCCCCGGACGCCACUCUGCUCUGCCCCAGGAGGAGCCUACUGCCCUGUCAGGGCAUGGACAGCUGAGAGGAGCUCCACUGGCUGCUGGUGUGCUCUAAACGGACUGGACAUGAGAAAGCUGUGUGUUUUAAGGUUCUUCCUAGUCGGCUUUGUUUAGUUCUGUGAAGCUCUGCGUGAUGCCAGGUCCUACUGCAGCUGGGAGGAGGAAGUGCUCGCUACACCAGCACCAACACAACUGUUCAGUUUUUACUGUACAUACUGUAUCUAUUGGGACAGUUUACAAAGAGAGCUAUAUGAAGAAUAAUAUAAAUAUGUUCACAGAUGAUUGUUUUAUGUACAGUAAAUGCUCAGAUCUCUAACGGAUGCCUCAAUAUUGUGGAUGAAAUGCUGUUGGUUUAAUUGUUAGGUGGAUCUGUCCAGUUCUCAUUGAAAGCAUGUUAAACACAUUUUACGUCACCUCGGGCUGGUUUCACAAAUAAAUUUUCACUAAAGUAAAGGCAGUGCUUUAAUUUAGAGGAUUGAUAUUGGUUUGUGGUAUUUAUUUGUCUGAAUAAUGUGGGUGGAGAUGGGCUCUAGUCCGUCCUCUCCACGGGGUUUUACCAGAAGGUCAUGACUGUUGUUUCACCAGUUUGUCCCGCUGAGCUAUUUUUGAUGCUAAAGCGACCACUCAGCAGCAUUUAAGACGAAUGAAAAUGUAAGAAAUGACUGCAUGGCACACAUGUGUAUGCUGAAGGCCUCUGAUCAGAAUCAGGACACUGAGGAGGGCGGCAGCAGGACGACAACGUAAGCCUUAAGAAUAAACAGCUGUCUGUCGGGUUUUCUGUUUCUGUUGAACCCCGUCUGUUCCUGAAGGUAGUGAAACAUAGAAUAUAUUGUUGAUACAUCGUGUAAGUAGCCUCAGUAUAUUGUUCAUUGAAGAAAGAUGAAUAAAGCAUGAGUUUUUCCAGAA